AUGUCGGCCUUGGAGGGUGAUGCUGUUAUCAACACAUCAUCAGCUGUGGAUCUUUUCAAACCAUCCAAGCAAGUUUCAAGCACACGGUCCCCACCAAAGUUGCUACAGGGAAUGGCUAUGCAUAAAGCCAUGCAGCAUGUGUACGGCUUACCGGCACAGAAGUCUACUACUACUCCGGCAAGAACAUCAUUGGCAUCAUCAUCAUCACCACCUGCAUCUGUAUCAUUGGCAUCAUCAUCAUCAUCAUCAUCAUCAUCUGCAUUGGCAUCUACAUCAUCCGCAUCAUCAUCAUCUGCAUCGGCAUCAUCAUCAUCCUUAGACGAGCUUUGUGAAGCUCUUAGCAAGCUCGAUAUUUAUGAGCCAGACACGGAUGUACCAGAUGCCCCUCCUGGUACUCCUGAACAUUUACGAGAGAUCGUAGAGAAUGAGGACGCAGGUGCCUCAGAGCAAGCACAAGUCGUUGAAGACAUGCAAGACACAGUUAUGGCAUCACCAUCACCAUCGCCACCAUCAUUGCCAUUGCCAUUGCCACCACCACCACAAGAACCGCCAAUUUUGUAUACCCAAGUGAUGCCACAGCCAACCAUCACCAUCCAUCCGGAGGCCACACCGGAAGUAGUAGUAGCAGCAGUAGUCGCAGCAGCAUCAUCAUCAGCAUCAGCGACAUCAGCAAUACCUGUUGCAUCCAGCACAGGUAGCAGCAAUAACCGAUCACGGUUAGAGAUCCGAAGGUCGGUUAUACGGCCUCGAAGUCGCUACGAGCUUGCACCACCAUCAUCAUUAUUGGAAGAUGACGAUACCCUUGCAGAGAUCUGGGGUACCGAUUUUCUCGGUACCUCAGAUGAAGUAGUCUUCGAUGAAGACGCAUACCUUUCUAUUGCCAUGAGACCACUCUUCAUUACAUUGGUGGCGGAUGACAAGACUAUCAAUUUGGCACGGGUCUCUUCAUUAUAUGGUGGUGGAGCCGAUGCGGAUGACAAGACUAUCAUUUGGCCCAAGUCCUCUCUUCAUUUUAUUGGUGAAGUCGAUGCGGGUGACAAGACUAUCAUUUGA